AUGGCAUGCAAGCCGUACUACAACACCAACAGCUGCACCGGCCGCCACGCUACGAACGCGCCGUCAUUUCCACGACCGCCGGCGCCACCCCAGCCGCCGCUCCUGCCGCUGCCGCCGCAGUACUCCUUCCAGCCAGUGAGCCGGCCGGCCCCGCGUGCCAAGAAGCCACGCCGCUACGACGCCGCGCCAGGGGCCUCGGCGUCGAUCGCCGUCGCUGAACCGUCCAAGAAGAGGGUGGCGCCGGCGCCGGCGACUGGACUGGAUGAGGAGUUACUGGAGUGGACGGAGACGGCGGCGGACCCGCUGUACUCUGUGUCCCCACCGCCGAGCAGCGUGCCGAUGCCUACGUCUCUGUUGCUCACAGUCACGGCGGCGAGGACGAAGGCGACCACAGCCUGCGCCGUGGAAGUGGUGGCCGGCGCCGGCAGCAGCGGGGUGGAUGUCGGCGCCACCGACGAGCUCCGACGGAUCCUCAGGCUUUAG